AACAGUCUAGUAAUCUUGAUCUUAUAAAAGUAGGCGGAGGCAAACCACGUGCUCACAUCAUGGGAAAGAAAAGACUAAAAGAAGUAAAGAAGAGGAGCAAAUCCACUCAAGCUAAAGUUAAUCCGUUUGAAGUGAGGAUCAAUAAGAGGAAAUACAGUGUACUGGGUCAGAGGAGGGAAAAAGGAGAGAAGGGAUUACCAGGAAUAUCAAGAUCCCGUGCUUUAGAGAAGAGGAAGAAGACUCUGCUAAGAGACUAUCAGGAGAGAGAUAAGACAAACCAGCUGCUGGAUAGGAGGUUUGGAACUGAUGACGUCCCAGAAGAAGAGCGAGAAUUGCAACGAUUCUUACUUGAGACCAAAAGGAGACACAAGCGUGGUAGUAUAUUUAAUCUUGAAGAGGAUGAAGAGGAAGGGUUGACUCAUUAUGGGCAAUCAUUAGGAGAUCAUGUGAACGAUAUUGUGUUUGAUGAUGAGGAGCAACUUGAUGAAUUUGAUGCUACUGAGAAUCAUUUUGGUGGUUUUUUGAAAAAGAAAGACACUCAGCAACCAACAGAUGGCAAUGAGGAGUCUGGUAGAACAAGGAAGCAGAUAAUGAGAGAAGUGGCUGCCAAAUCAAAACUACACAAAUAUGAGAGACAAGUUGAGAGAGAAAAGGUUGAAGAUAUGCUUGAUCAACUUAAUUCUGAUUGGAAUGACAUCAGAUCACUUCUGAAUCACUCAUCAAAAGCUGCUCCACCCACCAGUGCUAACGAAGAUGAUUAUGAUAGAUAUUUAGUUGAGUUGUCAAGGGAACCAAGAGGACAGGCUAAGGACCGUCUCAAAACUGAUGAAGAACUGGCUCAAGAAGAGAAAGUCCGUCUGGAGAGAUUAGAACAAGAACGACUCAAGCGCAUGAGUGGAGCUGCCUCCAUAACACAGGAGCACCAACACAUUAGUGCUGAUGAUGAUACCAGGGCUAUGGCUAAAGAAGACGAUCGUGUCAUGUUGCAGUAUGAUGAUGGACAACUUGUUUUACCAAAAGGAAUGACCAGCUUACUACCAGAUAGGGAGGAGGAAGAAGAUAUAGAAGAGGAGGAGGAGGAGGAAGAGGGAGAGGGAGAAGGUAGCAAUGAGGAGUUUGAUGAAGAUGAACAAGAAAACGAGAACAAUGACAUUGAUAGUCUGGGAGAAGAAGAAGAGGAUCCUAUGAAUGAUGUUUCUGAUGAUAUGAAGGACCCAGUCUCAUCUAAUAAUGAUAUACCAUUUGCAUUUAAAAAUGUUCCUUCAAAAGUAUCAGAAUUAGUGUCACUACUGCAGGACAGGACUCCAUCAGAGUGUGGUACUAUAGUACAACGAAUCAUUAGUUGUCAUCAUCAUGUACUAUCAAUGGAGAAUAAAGACAGAAUGAAGUCAUUUCUGAGGGUGUUACUGGAGUAUUGUCUUCACCAUACAAGACACAAUCCACUGAUACUGAAUGAACUUGUACAGUACAUUUAUGAAUUAGCCAAGAUUGAUACUAAGUACACAGUGAAGUCCUUUCAGCGUCAACUGAAGUUAUGCUAUAAGCAGCAUUGUACAGCCAACUUCCCUUCACUCUCUGAUAUAAUUUUAUUUAAAUUGAUAGCAGCUGUGUUUCCCACGUCAGACUAUCAGCACCCAGUAGUCACCCCCUCACUUCAUCUAAUGUGUACAUCACUGACAAAGACAACAGUGUGUAAUACCAUUGGGAAUGUUAUUGGUAGUAUCUGCCUGUGUAAACUGAUACUGGAGUAUGUUUCUGUGUCCAAGAGGUACAUACCUGAACUAGCAAACUAUCUCUGUAACUUACUUUUAUGUUUUUCAUCAGAAAAUGUUGUACCACUGACUCAUCCCUUCAGUGUUAAACUGAAGGAAUCUCUAUCUUUGUAUUCAUAUUCUAAAGAAGAGGAAGGUAUUGAUAUAUUAAAUGCGGAGUUGCUACGUUAUAGAAGUAUUGAUGAAUUAUCAUUGGAUCAAGUGAAAUUAUCACUGCUAAAGUUAACACUGGAGUGUCUGAACACAGUAAGUCAGUAUUGGUAUAACAGUCCAUCAUUUGAUGCCAUUUUUCAAACAACUCUGAACACUAUCAAAAGUUUGGAUGUUCCCAAGUCACUAAAGUCACUCCUUGAACAAGUUCAAGCAUCAAUAGAAUCAGGGAUCAGUCGUCCUAAGCCAAUCCUUCAAGUUUUAAGGCGUAAGCCGAAAUCUGUCAAGUUCUUUGAACCACAGUUUGAUAAUGACUAUCAGCCGGGAAGGAGGAAAGCUCCGAACAAGACUCAAGGAGAAAUGAUGAAACUAAAACACAAACACAAAAGAGAACUGAAGGGUGCUAUUAGAGAGAUACGUAAAGAUACAAAGUUCUUAGCACGUCAAAAACUUAAAGAACAGCUGACAAGAGAUGGUGAGCGUAAGAGAAAGGUGAAGCAGAUUGAAGGAUGGCUACAGGAACAGCAACACGACAUGAAAAUGGAGAAAAUAAGAAAAAGGAAAUGAUUGCUAAAGUAUUUUAAGUCAAUUUGCAUGUAAAGAGAACAAAACUAUAACCUUUUCUAUGUUGCAUGCAUGUCCAUUGUAUAAUGUGGAGUGGACAUGUGGGAUGAUUGUUCACACUAUUAUCAGAAUUUUAUAUAAAAUAA